GCCGCCGCCGUGUUGUGUGUCCGCUGGGAGGCGAGGAGGAUGGUGACAGCGGGAGGAUGGAGUCCGUUUUAUCCAAGUAUGAAAACCAGACCACUGUCUUAUCGGAAUACCUAGAAGAAUUUCCAGAAACAGAUGGGUCAGUGUGGAUCUUGGGAAGGCAAUACCACCUUAAGACAGACAAAUCUAAAUUAUUGUUGGAUAUAAGUGCUCGUCUGUGGUUUACAUACAGAAAAAAAUUUUCACCAAUUGGAGGCACGGGCCCUUCAUCCGAUACUGGCUGGGGAUGCAUGCUGCGAUGUGGACAGAUGAUGCUGGCACAGGCUCUGAUUUGCAGGCAUUUAGGAAGGGAUUGGCAUUGGGAGAGACACAAAAAACAACCUGAGGAAUAUCACAAGAUCUUGCGAUGCUUCAUAGACAGAAAAGAUUGCUGUUAUUCUAUCCACCAAAUGGCACAGAUGGGUGUAGGAGAGGGGAAGUCGAUUGGAGAAUGGUUUGGACCAAAUACAGUUGCACAAGUGCUAAAAAAGCUUGCUUUAUUUGAUGAAUGGAAUUCCUUAGCAGUUUAUGUAUCUAUGGACAAUACCGUGGUCAUUGAAGACAUCAAGAAAAUGUGUUGGUCCCCUCCUCAGAGCAGCAGUGCUGCACGUGGCAGCAUGCUCUCACACAGAAGUGCUCUCAGUCAAAACAAGAACACAGCAGGGUUUUGCUCAGGCUGGAAACCUCUCUUGCUCAUUAUACCUCUACGACUGGGGAUAAAUCACAUCAAUCCGAUUUAUAUUGAUGCUUUUAAAGAAUGUUUUAAGAUGCCACAGUCUUUGGGGGCAUUAGGAGGGAAACCAAAUAAUGCCUACUAUUUCAUAGGAUUUUUAGGAAACGAGCUCAUCUAUUUGGACCCUCACACCACUCAGAUUUUUGUAGAUUUGGAGGAAAACGGUCUGGUUGAUGACCAGAGCUUCCAUUGUCAGCAGGCCCCACAUCGAAUGAAGAUCAUGAAUUUGGAUCCCUCCGUAGCAUUAGGCUUCUUUUGUAAAGAAGAAAAAGACUUUGAUAACUGGUGUAGUCUUGUACAAAAGGAGAUUCUGAAGCAGCGGGGUCUUCGGAUGUUUGAGUUAGUUCAAAAUCAUCCAGCGCAUUGGCCUCCUUUCAUACCUCCAGCAAAACCAGAAGUGACAACGUCAGGAGCAGAACUUAUUGAAUCUACCGAUAAACUGCUAGAGUUGGAAGAAGAAUUUGAAAUCCUGAGUGUAUGAAGGAAGCUAUGGUGAUUUUUCUGUGUUGGACAUAUUGCAUUGACUUCAGACAAACAGCCAUUCUAGCCCACAAGUGCCUGAAAUUAUGGACAACAGAGCACAAAACCAUAGCAGCACCCAAAACUCAGACAGUGACAGUUUAACAAGAUCUUCCCUGGGUGGAAAGAGCAGCAAAGAUCCCAUUGUCAGACACGUAAAGGGAAUCUCUGCUUCCAGCAUGCAUCUUAUUUGAAGACAAAUGGACCUUUUGAGAUGAAGGCAAAAACAAUAUAUUAAAGUAAAGAAUAUGGUAUAUCACUGGGCUCUACCUUUGAAGAAAGGGAUGACUCAAAUGGAUAUUCUUGCUCUCGUAUGCAAUUGUGUAGUCCUUUAAAAAAAGCAAAAUGGCGUUGAGUUAAGGGAGGAUGUUUACUUCUGUUCCCUCCUGUGGGCUGCAUCAUAGGAAUAAAUUCAUCAUCUUGUUUAAAAGAUCAAGUGGAUCAGGAGAAAAUUGUUUCCUUGUUAAAUAUUUUAACAUGUAUUUGAGCAACCACACUUUUUAUUACAAAAAUGUUUCUGUAAAAGGAACUAUGUCUAAUGUAUACAUUUGGAACAGCCUUCCUGUUUCUGGGAGACCUAAAACAAACAGGAGACUCAAUUCGUUGAUAUAGAUCACGAUCACUGCUAUAGUUACGACCUAUUUCACCUUGACCUUAAAACUUAGGUUGAUGAUUUUUGUUAAAACAAGAAGUCAAAGGUGGUUUUUUUUAAACUGUAUCUUAUUUAUUUUAAAAUAGAUUUAUUUACACAAGUUUCUCUGUAACAGCACUUUAUCUGUGCAUCUAAUAAAUUUCUUAAGCUUUUCAUAGGCUACUUGCUAUAGUUUGUGAAUUUGCUUGCACAGACCAUAAAUAUAAAACAAAAAGUUAUCCCAAACUGAUGAUACACACACACAAAUUAUUUAAGGUCCCUGAUUCUGCCUUGUUACCUUAUCAAGUCUAUUUUGGUAAAAGUACCUUAGAUAUACAAGUCCCUAGCAGAGUUAUGUAGUUAGAUGUUUAUUUAAACUGAGGAUAUCUCUAGUAGCUUUGAGAACAAGGGUUCAGAAAUAUCAAGCCCUUACUGUGCACAAGGGCUUCUAAUGAAUUCAUGAGUCGCAUUUUAUGUUUCCUAAAAACACAAUUCCCAUCUGGAUGAGGCCUGGUAUGAUAGUGCAGUUAACAUGAAAAUCUCCCAAUUUCAUUCUUCACAAAUAGAUGAGAAUACUGGGCCUAAGCAGGAGAUGUGCUGAGUACUUGCAAAACCCAAGUAAAAUGAGAUGCUGGUGCUUAGCAUCUGAAGAACUGGAAAACAUGACUUUCGAACAAAAAUAAUUACCCCAGACCAACAGUUAAUGUCUUGUUUGCCUUUAUUAACCACAGUUUGGAAACUGAACAUUAACAAAAGGAGAUGUCACCGCACGCUGUUUUAAAAAAAACAACAACUGUGAUGUCUCCCCAACUAGUAUUCAUUUAAGACCAUAGCCAUGCUUGGUGCCUUCCAGACAAAAGUGAAAAUGCAGCCCCUGCUGUGAAAAGCUUACAUUCUAAAGGAUGACAUCUACACAGAAAAGGGAAGUACCCGCUAGAUGACUGAGCAAUGAAGCUAGGCAUAUAUCACCCUCAGUCCAUCUUUUUUUUUUUUUAUUGCCCUCCUGUUAUCUUUCAUUACGUAAACACAACUCAGAGGCGAAAUCUGAAGUUGACACUUUUCCAGGAAGCCUGUAUUGAGCAGCAGCUGGAAGGAGAGGGGGUAAAUAAAGGGUUGAUUGGAAGAAGGUCUGGAGAUAGGAGUGGAAGAAGAUCAGACUGUGGCCCUGAUCUUGCAAAGACAUGCUUGUGCUUAACAUUACCCAUCAGGGUGGAAUCCUGGCCCUACUGAAGUCAAUGGAAGUUCUGUCACUGAAAACAAUGAGAUUACGCACGGUGCAUAAAGCUAAACAAGUACAUAGACCCUGCUACUGAAAAGACAUGUGUAUUUCAGUCAUGUGCAUCCAGAGCAGAACCCGCUUUUCCUCACCCCUCUCCUCAACAUCCAAACAAAUAAGCUGGUACCAGACCUGGUGCUUCUCCUGCUGGCACCUAAUGAGUAGAAUGGGUGACAAAUAAAAAUGUUUUCCACAAAUAUUUGCUCAAAUUUU